UUUCCUUCAUUUGAAUAAUUAUAUUUUUUCUUUUCUUAGAACAUUACAGUUAGUCGAGUUAAGAAAGACCGUGUUUGCCAAAUCACCCCACUGCCAGAGGACCUACCCAGACCUGACAUGUUGUCUAAAGGACUGCAGACACUGUACGGAACGCCUCCUUCUCACAACAUCAGAAAGAUCUCAAGACAGUGGACCAUCGGWCCAAUAGUCGACAAGUCCACUUUGAGAAAGGAAGUACGAGACUUCUGUGGCCAGUUCCCAGUCUACCGCCUGGAACCGUUCACUCCUGAUUCGGUAUCUUAUGGAAAAACUGGUAGAGUCAAGCGCGCUCUUGUACUAUUGAGUCUUUGCGCAAACAGUAGACCUCCUUCUUGCCAUUAUGACAAAUGGUUGUACAAAUGCAAGAUAGCUGGAGCACGCAGUGUUUAUAGUGUGGUUUGCAAACAUGAUACCAAAAGAAAAAUCUUCAAUUGCGGAUCACUUACAGCUCACCAAUUAGACAGCAUAAUCUGUUGCAACAUCAGCUGCCCAUAGCGACAUUGGUCACAAGAUGUUUGUCUUGCAGACUUGCACUAUUGUAGAAAUUAUUGAAUAAAAGUUAAAAUCUGGAUAUUCAAUAAAACAGUUCAAUGUGUA